AUGCCAGCCAAGGCCAAAGGUCGCAAGGCCGCCCCUCCCUCCGAGUCCGAGUACGAAGAGUCGGGCUCCGAGGAGGUCGUCGCAUCUCCCGCGCCCGCCGCCGAGGAAGAGUCGGAGACUGAGGCCCAAGCAACACCCAACGCGACGCUGAGCGCUUCGCCGUCGCCUCCUCGCGAGGCAUCGUCGUCCAAGAUCUCCAAGGGCAAAAAGCUGCCUUCACCGUGCGGCGACGGCUCGAUUGUGGAGGGUGAAGCGCCCGAUACGCCGCCGUGCAGCCAGGCCAAGACGAAGGGCAAGCAGCCGGCGCUCAAGUCGUCGAUGAAGAAGCGCGCGCCGACUCCUGCGGCCAAGAAGAGCAAAGCUGCUGCGAAGCGCGACGCCACGCCGGAGGAAGAGGAGGAGGAAGAAGAGGAAGAGGAGGAGGCGGCUGCCGCGAAGAGCAAGAAGCGUCGCGAGUCUCCAGCGGACGAGGACGCCGAUGCUGCCGAGGGCGAGGAGGAGGGCGACUCGAACGAGGAGGCAUCGCGCGAAGCGACGCCCAAGCCGGUUAUCAAGAAAGCGGCUGCAUCGGCCAAGAAGACAGCGACGGCGGCGAAGAAGGCACCGGCCAAAGGCAAGGCCACUUCGAGCACGUCGAGCAAGCCUGACGUCGACGCCGACGCCGAGGCUGACGAGCAGGAGGCGGAGGAGAAGCCCGCCAAGCCGGCGAAGCAAGCAAAGAAGCGCAAAGCCGAUGAUGAAGGCGACGACGUCAAGGAGACCAAGCCGGCGAAGAAGAUCAAGAGCGACGGCGACGCCAAGCCGGCCAAGGCCAAGUCUUCCGCGCUUCGUGCGGCCGGCGCUCGACCUGGCGCGUGGCUGCCCGUCGAGGAGCAGGCGUUCCUCAACGACAUCCUGACGUCGUACAAGCCGGAGUGGAAGCACAUCGUCGAGGUGAUCAACGCCGCUGGCGGCCAGAAGCGCGACCAGAAGAGCUGCAUGAAUCGCUGGCCGAGGCUGAAGAAGCAUCUCAUGGACAGUGUCAGCGGCUCCUCGUCGUAG